AAACCUUAGAUCUGAGCUGCCAUAACACCACUACCCCGCCCUCUCUCUCUCUCUCUCUUCAUUUGGGGAUUAAUCACUGAAACCCUAACAGAAAGCUUGAUUUUUGAAUUGGUGAUCAGAAAAAAAAAUGGCAACAGUGAGGAAUUUGAAGAUAAAAACAUCAACGUGCAAGAGAAUAGUGAAGGAGCUCCAUUCAUACGAGAUCGAGGUCGAAAGAGAGGCUGCUAAAACCGCCGAUAUGAAGGCCAAAGGCGCCGAUCCCUAUGACCUCAAACAGCAGGAAAAUGUGCUGGCUGAAUCAAGGAUGAUGGUUCCCGACUGCCACAAACGCUUAGAGUCUGCUCUAAGCGACCUUAAAGGAACUUUGGUUGAGCUGGAAGAGUCGGGCGAAAAGGAAGGUUCUGAAAUCGAUGAAGCCCGAAGCAUCAUUGCAGAAGUUGAAGAGCUAUUUCAAUCUUCAGAUGUUUAAUUUGACUGUUUUGAGCUUUACUCCUCUGUCAAACUUUGUGGUUUUUUUCGAUCUUGAGCUUGAUUAAUGAGUGAUUGCAAAAAAGGGAUUUUUACAAUCUUGUAAACGUUUGUUGGUCUCGUCUCUGUAUUGCUGUAUGACAUUUCGAAAAGUAGUCUACUGAAAUUUCGUUUAUCUCAUAUA